CCCCCAGCAAGCCUUUUCCAGCCGCCCCGCCGCCCCGGCCUGGGAACUGUUGGGAAACCCAUCCGCCUCCUGGCCAAUCACUUUCAGGUUCAGAUCCCCAAGAUUGAUGUUUAUCACUAUGAUGUAGAUAUCAAACCAGAAAAACGCCCCCGAAGAGUGAACAGAGAGGUGGUGGACACUAUGGUGAGACACUUCAAGAUGCAGAUAUUUGGGGAUCGGCAGCCUGGCUACGAUGGGAAACGCAACAUGUACACUGCACACCCCUUACCUAUCGGCCGGGACAGGGUGGACAUGGAGGUGACCCUUCCAGGAGAGGGGAAGGACCAGACGUUUAAGGUGUCCAUUCAGUGGGUGUCUGUCGUCAGCCUUCAGUUGCUGCUGGAAGCUCUGGCUGGGCACUUGAAUGAAGUUCCUGAAGAUUCUGUCCAGGCGCUUGACGUAAUCACACGGCACCUUCCCUCCAUGAGGUACACUCCUGUGGGUCGCUCCUUCUUCUCCCCUCCUGAAGGUUAUUACCACCCCCUGGGAGGUGGCAGGGAGGUCUGGUUCGGUUUCCACCAGUCGGUCAGACCUGCCAUGUGGAACAUGAUGCUCAACAUUGAUGUGUCAGCAACUGCUUUCUAUCGUGCCCAGCCUAUCAUCGAGUUCAUGUGCGAGGUCUUGGACAUUCAGAACAUCAAUGAACAAACCAAGCCCCUUACGGACUCCCAGCGUGUCAAAUUUACCAAAGAAAUCAGAGGUCUAAAAGUAGAAGUUACCCAUUGUGGCCAGAUGAAGAGAAAAUACCGAGUGUGCAACGUUACUCGGCGACCGGCCAGUCACCAGACGUUUCCUCUGCAGCUGGAAAACGGGCAGGCGAUGGAGUGCACAGUAGCUCAGUAUUUUAAGCAGAAGUACAGUCUGCAGCUAAAAUAUCCUCACCUUCCCUGUCUCCAAGUAGGACAGGAGCAGAAACACACGUACUUACCGCUUGAGGUGUGUAACAUCGUGGCGGGCCAGCGGUGUAUCAAGAAGCUCACGGACAAUCAGACCUCGACGAUGAUAAAAGCAACUGCGCGAUCUGCGCCGGACCGGCAGGAAGAAAUCAGCAGACUAGUGAAAAGUAACAGUAUGGUGGGUGGACCUGACCCGUAUCUGAAGGAGUUUGGAAUCGUUGUGCACAAUGAAAUGACAGAGCUGACGGGCAGAGUUUUGCCAGCACCGAUGCUGCAAUACGGGGGCAGGAACAAGACUGUGGCGACACCAAACCAAGGUGUGUGGGACAUGAGAGGGAAACAGUUCUAUGCUGGCAUUGAGAUUAAAGUUUGGGCUGUUGCCUGUUUUGCUCCUCAGAAACAAUGCAGGGAAGACUUACUAAAGAGUUUUACGGACCAGCUGCGCAAGAUCUCGAAGGACGCGGGGAUGCCCAUCCAGGGCCAGCCCUGUUUCUGCAAGUACGCCCAGGGGGCAGACAGUGUGGAGCCCAUGUUCAAACACUUAAAACUGACAUAUGUUGGUCUGCAGCUGAUCGUGGUGAUCCUGCCUGGAAAGACACCCGUGUACGCUGAGGUGAAGCGGGUUGGUGACACGCUUCUAGGGAUGGCCACUCAGUGCGUUCAGGUGAAGAAUGUGGUAAAAACCUCACCACAAACACUGUCCAACCUGUGUCUGAAGAUAAAUGCAAAGCUUGGAGGAAUCAACAAUGUGCUUGUACCUCAUCAAAGGCCCUCGGUGUUCCAGCAGCCAGUGAUCUUUUUGGGAGCAGACGUGACUCACCCUCCUGCUGGGGAUGGGAAGAAGCCGUCCAUCGCGGCGGUGGUGGGCAGCAUGGACGGGCACCCCAGCCGGUACUGUGCCACCGUGCGAGUGCAGACCUCGCGCCAGGAGACCUCCCAGGAGCUGCUCUACAGCCAGGAGGUGAUCCAGGACCUCACCAACAUGGUGCGAGAACUAUUGAUCCAGUUCUACAAAUCCACUCGUUUCAAGCCCACCAGGAUCAUUUACUACAGAGGGGGAGUAUCGGAAGGGCAGAUGAAGCAGGUAGCUUGGCCAGAACUGAUAGCGAUCCGGAAGGCCUGCAUUAGUUUGGAAGAAGAUUAUAGACCAGGAAUAACCUACAUUGUUGUGCAGAAAAGGCAUCACACCAGGCUAUUCUGUGCUGACAAAACUGAAAGGGUGGGUAAGAGCGGGAACGUCCCGGCGGGCACCACUGUGGACAGCACCAUCACACAUCCUUCUGAAUUUGACUUUUACCUCUGUAGCCACGCGGGAAUUCAGGGAACCAGCCGGCCCUCCCACUACCAGGUCUUGUGGGAUGACAACUGUUUCACUGCAGAUGAGCUCCAGCUGCUGACCUACCAGCUGUGUCACACCUACGUCCGCUGUACGCGAUCCGUCUCCAUUCCAGCUCCUGCCUACUACGCCAGGCUGGUGGCCUUCAGGGCCAGGUACCACCUCGUGGACAAGGAUCACGACAGCGCUGAAGGCAGCCACGUGUCGGGACAGAGCAACGGCCGCGACCCCCAGGCUCUGGCGAAGGCGGUGCAGAUCCACCACGACACUCAGCACACCAUGUAUUUUGCUUGAGAGCAGCUGGGGAGAUGAGGCAAAAACCGACAGCCCACGCAGUCCCGAAGCGUUUGAAUUCCGACUGCUUGGCCGGGGCCCCCCUGCCCCCGGCCUGCCCACUACCAGCAGCUCUGAACAGUCGCACUGAAUCUGGACUUCACAGCAACGUCUGAUGCACCAACACAAUUGAGCCAUUUGUUUCAUUAUUUUAUGUAAUAGAAAUUCAUAGACUUGUCUUUUCUGAUGCAUUGGACUGAAUUUUUACCUCAAAGCGCAACAGGCCGAUCAUCCUGAAAUUUUUAAAGGACUUGGCACGAAAGGUUUCUAUUGAGUAUUUUGCUAGCUCUCGUUUUUAAGUUCUCUCCUCAUCCCAUGAGUUCAUCGUGAGGCCGGAUCCCCCGUCUCCGUGCGCUGCUUCGUGAGUACGCGUAGUUCGGCAAAAUGUUCGACUCCAGUUAAACGUAAGCGUUGAAUUGUGUGGGGCCAUAGAUUUUUUUAAAUGGAGAUUUUAGACUUCACUACUGUAAAUGCCUUUUAACGAACAUAACUUUCACAGGUAUUGCAGUUUUUUGUCAGUUUGACUGAUUCUCUUUUUAAUCUCUGCAGACUUCGGCUGCGAAGCAAUUGCACUAUUCUGCAAGUUCAAAUAGGUGGUUCUUGUUCUGUGAAUGUGUAAUAUAACCAGAUAGUGAUGCCUGUCAGUAGAUUUUAAUUAUAAUGGUUACAAAUAAUACUGCCAUGGUAUCGUAACAAGUACUGAACCAUCAUUUCCCCCCUCUAAAAAUGAUAAAAACAAAAAAAAAAAAAAUUAGCUUUUAGGUAUUUUGCAAACUUUUACAAAAGUGCCCACUUUAUGCUGCUGUGUGGUUUGAUAAAUCUAAGUGAUUUUAAAACUUUUUUCUCAUAGAAGGUUUAACUUUGGCAAUAAAUAUUUGUUUUUUAAGCCCCCCCAACAGUGUAAUUUUCUAGCUGAGGAUUGUGCAUGAGUUAAACCAACAUUCUCGUGUCGUUUUCUGAACAAUUUGGCAGUUUCUGAAACUAAUUAGAAAAGACGCACUUCCAUGCUUUUUUUAAGAAUUAUUUUUAACUGUUUUAUAUUCACUGUUGGUGUCCUGUCUACAACAUAUUUUAUAAGCUUGGAAACUGGGUGUUAUGUGUAGGAAAGGCUUCCCAGCCUGUGGGGUCUAAGCGUACUGUGUGACAGGCAACCCGAGGACUCCUACCAGCAUUUGAACCUUUUUUUCCCCUGGGGAUCUGGGUUGCACACACAACUGCAUCCAACAGCAUCCUGAACCGACGUCCAGCUCAGACUCUGAGUCUGUCCCAGCCUAGAAAUUAGGGUUGUUUCUUUUUUUUUUUUUUUAAUCUGCUUGGCUUUUUUCCGGCCGCAAAGUGUGAUAGAGACGAGGGGCUUGGUUUCACCCAGUGCUUGUGGAAUCCAGGAACGGAGCAGGUUUAAGAGUAGAUUCCUCGUAGUGUUACCCUGAGUUAGUGCAGAUUUAAAGCUUAUUCCCAAACGGAGCGGAGCCGAGAGCACUCACUCUGAGGGGUGCCAGGAUUGCACUGUGCUCUCCGAUGCCCGGGUGGGCUUUGCUGCUGCGUUGUCCGCUGUUCCAAAGCCCCCUCAGAACUUCAGCAAUAGGAAAUGCUGUUUCCUUCAGUCUUUAAGCUUGUAAAUAAAUUAAAGUUUACAUUUCUAAAUGCUGGGGUUGUUUUUUCAGUCGUACCAGAGUACACUGAAUUAAGUCUUCAAACAGUUUUAUAACCUCCUCUCAAGUAGUAUGUUGCAUUAAAUUAAGUUUAAACUUUUUUCUGUUGACAAUGAGACUGAAGCGAGCUCUGCUCCUGGCAUGUACUGUGGACAGGUUUAGACUGAAAAAAGAAAAAAAAAAAAGGUUCUUUUUAGGUGGUUUUUUUUUUUAAUUUUUUUUUAAAGAAUACCUCACUUGUGUAAUCAAAUCAGGACAUGUGGGUGGGAGACUGACCGCUGCUUCAGCUCGAUGGCUGCUUUUCUCAGUACUCGUUCAGGGAGAAGACAAAAAAAGAAAAAAAAAAACUUUUUAGAAGGAACUCUGACUGACCCAACACACGGAGAACUUCGGCACCUUGAAAAGAGCACCCUUUUUUUUAAUUAUUAUUUUUAGGUUAUAGGAUCAAAGAUCGCUAUUUUGAGUUUGUGCACUAGGCGAGAAUGUGACUGGUUUCAUGGAGGGUGCGUUAAGAGAACAGUUCAUUUUCUCCCCGGUGAGUUAGUUGUCCAGUGCCAAGCACUCCUAGUUCAGACUGAGUGAAGUGAGAGCCUCUCCUUUGUUUGCCUGGGACCGGACGGAGUAUUUACCCUCGGACUGUGCGGAGCGAGACCUUGGCUGGCCCCGGGACGCGGGGCCCCGACUGUGGCUCCAUCUCCUGCUGGAAGGCGGUGGGAGGGGACCACUGGGAUCCCCUGGCACCACUGGGAUCCCCUGGCACCACUGGGAUCCCCUGGCACCACCGGGACCUGGCUCCAGGCAGCGUUGUCCUCCCCACGGCCCAGUCCCGGAACUGGACGGGGCCGGAGGGACCCCCCGGGACUGACCGAAUCGUGAUGCAUGUGUCAAUCAAUGGGAAGAUGUGCAUUCUGUAGAUGUAGUUCUUUAGGGUGUUUUGGGUUUGUUUUUUUCGUUUUUGGGUUUGUUUUUGUUUGGGUUUUUUGUUUUGUUUUUUUUUUUUAAUAUAUAUAAAUAAAGCCUGUUGGCCACUGUUUA